AGACAGAAACAAAGGCUGUAAUCGAAAUCUCACUACAAAUACUGUGAAGCAUUUGAUGGACCAAUUAGAAGAAAGAAUUUGACAAACUGGCAAGGAACAUAUAAAAACUCUGCUAAUUAUAAUAAUCUGCUGCAAUUAAAAAUAAUAUUAUAUACACAUAUAAAAUAUCACAGAUAAAUAUACAUGAAUAUAUCGUACCGUGUGCAAUUGUUUGUGCUCUCUCGGAUCAAAGUCCGAAGGUUUGAUUUAUAACAAUUCCAUAAAUCGAACGUCAACGAUAGUACGAAAAACAAUGGCAAUGCAAUGCUUGAGAUUAUUUGUAAAUAAUGUGCCUAGAAGUGCAUGCACUGUCAGUGUCAACCGACACAUUACCUCGCAUUCUAUGCUGCCAGACACACAUAAAAUGUUGUAUCAAACAUGCAGAGAUUUCGCCGAGGAGGAAUUAAAACCUAUCGCAGCAGAGACUGAUAAAAAACAUCUUUUUCCAAAGGAGCAGAUCAAGAAGAUGGGCGAGCUAGGUCUCAUGGGUUUAUGCAUGCCUGAAGCAUUAGAUGGAACAGGACUGGAUUACCUGGCCUAUGCUAUAGCUACGGAAGAGAUCUCUAGAGGUUGUGCAAGUGCUGGAGUUAUAAUGAGUGUACAAAAUUCUCUCUACUUAGGCCCUAUAGAUGUAUUCGGAACUGAUAAGCAAAAAGAAAAAUACAUCGUUCCCUAUGUGAACGGUGAGAAAAUUGGCUGUUUUGCUCUCAGUGAACCAGGUAAUGGAUCUGAUGCUGGUGCGGCGUCUACCACUGCCAAAGUCAAUGGCAGCGUUUAUACGAUUAACGGCACCAAGUCGUGGAUAACAAAUGCGUUUGAAGCCAGUGCCAUAAUUCUCUUUGCGACGACUGACAAGUCCAAGAAGCAUAAAGGUAUAAGCGCUAUCAUAAUGGACAGUCCGACAGCAGGUCUGAGCUUGGGUAAGAAAGAGGACAAAUUGGGUAUACGAGGAAGCAGCACUUGCUCUUUAAUCUUCGAGGACUGUGAAGUACCACAAGAUAACAUUUUAGGCAAACCAGGAAUGGGCUUUAAAAUCGCAAUGAUGACUCUAGAUGCUGGCAGAAUAGGAAUUGCUGCACAAGCAUUGGGCAUAGCUCAAGCAUCCUUGGAUUGCGCGAUGGAUUAUGCAUCCAAACGCCAAGCUUUCGGCCAGUCGAUCAUCAAGCUGCAAGCGAUUCAACAAAAAAUCGCUGAUAUGGCUCUAAAAUUGGAAAGUUCAAGACUGUUGACGUGGCGAGCGGCUCAGCUUAAGGAUAAUGGUAAACCGUACACAAAGGAAGCCGCUAUGGCCAAAUUGUCAGCAUCGGAAACCGCCACAUUCUGCGCUCAUCAGUGCUUACAGAUUCUGGGGGGGAUGGGAUACGUAUCGGAUAUGCCGGCGGAACGUCAUUACAGGGAUGCGCGUAUCACGGAGAUUUAUGAAGGCACAUCGGAGAUCCAGAGACUUGUGAUCGCUGCAAAUCUCAUCAAAGAGUACGGCCUCAAUUGAGAUCGCACGACUGACUCACGAUAACAAGUGUAAUGUAAACCGCGUACAUGUGUGAAACUUUCAUAUUUAACAAAACGAACGACAUAGUCGUGGAACAAAGGCGGACUCCAUUGAAGUUACGAGCUUGUUUGAACGACACAGAUGUGCCUUAUUUCGAUCGGUUUUCCUUCGAUAAAAUGGUGAAUAAAUACGUGCCCAUGUUUCUCUGUUUUCUCGUAUGUGUCUGAUACAUUGAGUACAAAUACUAUGUGCACGUCGCACUACCACUGUUCGUACAUGAAUACGAAGAUAAAAGCUACCUUAGACUACAUGCCUUCCAACGAGAAAAUACAGAGAAUACAUUUACUUUGUGCAAAUGACAGUUAAAUUAUAUACUUCUCGUUACUGUUUUUCAAUCUUUAAUCGUAUAUUUAAUUAUAGAUCCUAUCACUAGGUGAGAAUGCUGCUGCGAGUUCAACCCAUUAAAAGACUUUACUCUCAUUUAAUUCUAAGAAUCAAUUCAGU